GCGCGACAUCUCGCGACCCUUCGAACAUCUCACGUUGUUGGGCACCGACGACUAUAUAUUUCUGCCUUCUUUUACUUGUUUGCUCCUUCCUUCUGCUACAGACAAACACAACCUCACUUACACUUGCCUGAUUUGAACAGUCGAGUCACUCACGACAUUCCACAUCAUGGCGUCCAAGAUGGAGUUCACUGACCGAGCGUCGAAGGCACUUGGAGAUGCCAGCGACUUAGCCACUCAGUACGCCCAUUCACAACUUCAACCGAUCCAUUUGGCCGUGGCUCUCAUAGAUCCGCCGCCGGAUCUGAGUAAGGACCAGCAAAACAACACCGGCCACGAUACACACUCCCAAGCCUCAGCUCCCUUGUUCAGACAAGUUGUUGAACGCGCUCAUGGCGACCCACAACUCUUAGACCGAGCCCUCAAGAAGAGCCUCGUCAGGCUGCCCUCACAAGAUCCUCCUCCAGAGAGUGUUUCCAUGGCACCAAGCUUCUCGAAGUUGCUUCGAUCAGCAAACGAGCUGAGCAAGACUCAAAAGGACAGCUACAUUGCUGUGGACCAUUUGAUCCAGGCAUUGGUUCAGGAACCAGCCAUUCAAAGGUGUCUGGCCGAAGCCAACAUUCCCAAACCCAAGAUGAUCGACGAGGCCAUACAACAAAUUCGGGGGACGAAGCGGGUGGACUCCAAGACGGCCGACUCGGAGCAGGAGAACGAGAACCUCAAGAAAUUCACAAUUGAUAUGACGGCGAUGGCCCGAGACGGCAAAAUCGACCCCGUCAUUGGCCGAGAGGAGGAAAUUCGACGAGUCAUCCGCAUUCUCUCCCGGCGAACCAAGAACAACCCAGUCUUGAUCGGAGAGCCUGGUGUCGGCAAAACCACCGUUGUCGAAGGCCUAGCUCGCCGCAUUGUCGACGCCGAUGUGCCCGCCAAUCUUGCAGCAUGCAGACUGCUAUCACUCGACGUCGGCGCAUUGGUGGCUGGAAGCAAAUACCGGGGUGAAUUCGAGGAGCGGAUGAAGGGUGUCCUGAAAGAAAUUGAGGAGUCGAAAGAGAUGAUUGUUCUCUUUGUGGACGAAAUGCAUCUCUUGAUGGGUGCUGGAGGAACCGGAGAGGGAGGUAUGGAUGCUGCCAAUCUGCUCAAGCCCAUGCUUGCUCGCGGUCAGCUUCACUGCAUCGGUGCAACGACCCUCAGCGAAUACCGCAAAUACAUCGAGAAAGACGCAGCUUUCGAACGACGUUUCCAACAGGUUCUUGUCAAAGAGCCUUCGAUCCCAGAAACGGUUUCAAUUCUACGUGGUUUGAAGGAGCGAUACGAAACACAUCACGGUGUCACCAUUCUGGACGGCGCUAUUGUUGCUGCCGCUACACUAGCUGCGCGGUAUCUCACUCAACGUCGUCUCCCCGAUUCUGCGGUCGAUCUCAUUGACGAAGCCGCUGCCGCCGUACGCGUUACGCGAGAAUCUCAACCAGAGGCCCUCGACAAUCUCGACCGGAAACUCCGCCAACUUCAAAUUGAGAUCCACGCUCUCGGUCGUGAGAAGACUGACGAUGCCAAGGCUCGCCUUCGGGAAGCCGUAGCAGAGGCUGCCAACGUCGAAGAAGAGCUGAAGCCUCUACGCGAAAAGUACGAAAGCGAAAAGCUACGCGGCAAGGAGAUCCAAGAAGCAAAGGUGAAGCUUGACUCCCUCAAGACCAAACUGGCCGAAGCAGAGCGUAUCCGCGAUCUACAGACUGCCUCCGACUUGAAGUACUACGCCAUUCCCGAUGUUGAAGCACGGAUAGGACAACUCGAAGCAGAAAAAGCGAGGGCAGAUCAAGAAAUGUACAACCGUAGAGGGAGCGGUCCGGGAGAAGCAAUGCUUACCGAUUCCGUGGGCCCUGAUCAAAUCAACGAGAUCGUCGCAAGAUGGACAGGCAUUCCAGUGACGAGGCUCAGGACAACCGAAAAGGAAAAGCUGCUCAACAUGGAAAAGGUCCUAAGUCACAUCGUCAUUGGCCAGAAAGAGGCUGUUUCAUCAGUGUCUAAUGCCAUCCGACUCCAGAGGUCAGGUCUCGCAAAUCCAAACCAACCGCCAAGCUUCCUGUUUUGUGGCCCAUCGGGUACAGGAAAGACGCUCCUCACCAAAGCUCUCGCCGAGUUCUUAUUUGAUGAUCCUAAGUCGAUGAUUCGGUUUGAUAUGUCCGAAUAUCAGGAACGUCAUUCACUGAGCCGAAUGAUCGGUGCUCCUCCAGGGUAUGUCGGUCACGAUGCUGGCGGGCAGCUUACUGAGGCGCUCCGACGAAAGCCAUUUUCAAUCCUACUGUUCGAUGAAGUUGAGAAGGCGGCGAAGGAAGUCCUCACUGUCCUCCUACAGCUCAUGGAUGACGGACGUAUCACCGAUGGCCAAGGCAGAGUCGUCGAUGCGAAGAACUGUAUCGUCGUCAUGACAUCCAACCUUGGUGCCGAAUACCUAGCCAGGCCGAACUCACCAGACGGGAAGAUCGACCCAACGACAAGAGAGAUGGUCAUGACUGCGCUACGGAACUACUUCCUACCCGAAUUUCUGAAUCGUAUCUCAAGCACCGUCAUAUUCAAUCGCCUUACAAAGAGGGAGAUCCGCAAGAUUGUCGAUGUGCGGAUGGUCGAGAUCCAGAAGCGUUUGAGCUCUAACGGUCGCAAUGUUAGGAUCGAUAUGACGGAAGAGGUCAAAGACUACCUGGGCAGUGCUGGAUACUCUCCAGCGUACGGUGCUCGGCCACUUGCUCGGUUGAUCGAGAAGGAGGUGCUCAACCGCAUGGCCGUCCUGAUCCUUCGUGGAAGUAUCAAAGAUGGAGAAACGGCGCAUGUGGUGCUGGAGGAUGGCCAUAUCCAUGUGCUUCCGAAUCACACGGACAGCGAGAUGUCCGAGGACAGCGAAAUGUAUGACGAAGACGACCCGAUGGUUGACCUCGAUGAUGGCCAGGAAGAUCUCUAUGAUUAGAGGGCUUGGAGGUGAUGCAUGGCGAGCGUCACGGGAGUUAGUAUAGGGAUUAAGCGAUUGGUCAUUUGGGCUUCCUUUGGGUGUUAUUAGGACGAAUUAUGAAUGAAAAAAAGGAGGUUUUAUGGGACGGGUAUCAUGACAUGAUACCGAUGCAUUGUAUAG